GCAAGGCUGCCAUUUUUUCGAAGAAGCCUUCCUGAUUAGUUAGACGAGCAGAGACGAGUUGUGAGUUUCACCGUCACUUCUGAGCAGAUGUUUCUCACCUGUUGGCGAACUGAAGACUCACAGUGCAGGUAUUUUACUGAAACUCGGUGUAUUUGAACUCGGGUCGAGACGGAGGCUCUGCUCGGCGCUGCGGACGGCUGCUUAGCUCGGCGGGCUAACAUUAGCUGUGGCUGUAAACAAACACUGCAGACAGUGGAGGAGCAGCUGCUGGUAAACCACCGCACAUUCUGCGGAUUUGUUCAGCAGAUUUUGGUCCAAAAAAUAUCAGCCAGAUAGAGAGCUAACAUCAGGGGGGAGCAGCGGGCGGCAGGAGGCGGUUUGAGGCUGCAUGUCUGCAAGUUUGCGACACUACUUGAGUUUUGAUGACAGUGCGAGUUCUUCUAAACCAGCUCGGAGCUCAGUCGCUUUAGAGCGGGUCGGGGGGUCUGUCGGGUCACAGGGGACAACACACGGACACGGGCUCACACACGCAGCGUCAUGUCGUCCUUCUCGGAGUCGGCCCUGGAGAAGAAGCUGUCGGAGCUGAGCAGCUCGCAGCAGAGCGUCCAGACUCUGUCUCUGUGGAUCAUCCACCACCGCAAACACUCGGCCCUCAUCGUCAAAGUGUGGCACAGGGAGCUGAAAAAAGCUAAAAGCAACAGGAAGCUGACCUUCCUGUAUCUGGCCAAUGAUGUCAUUCAGAACAGCAAGAAGAAAGGACCAGAGUUCACCAAAGACUUUGAGUCCGUUCUCGUCGAUGCCUGCUCUCAUGUUGCCAGUGAAGCAGAUGAGAGCUGUAAAAAGCACAUGGAGAGACUGCUGAACAUCUGGAAAGAGAGGAACCUCUACAGGAGUGACUUCAUUCAGCAGCUCAAACUGGCCAUAGAAGACUCUAACAGCCCCAGGCCUUCAGAAGAGAAGAAGCCGGUGAAACGUAGCUAUCAGAAGAUCCAGGAAGAUGAAGAAGAUGAGGACGACGACUACAGAAGCCACAACUCACCUCACAGCACAGAUGUCUCUGCGACUCAGCUGACAGAGGAGCUGGUGAAGGCCCUGCAGGACUUGGAAAACGCUGCAUCAGGGGACGCAGCUGUUCGUCAGAAGAUCGCCUCACUACCGCAGGAAGUCCAGGACGUUUCCUUGCUGGAGAAGAUCACUGAUAAGGAGGCAGCAGACAAGCUGUCAAAGACGGUGGAUGAAGCCUGUUUGCUGCUGGCGGAGUACAACGGCCGACUGGCUGCGGAGCUGGAGGACCGGAGGCAGCUGGCUCGCAUGCUGACUGAGUACAUCAGCAGCCAGAAGGAGGCGCUCAUGGAGAGAGAGAAGAAACUAGAGGAAUAUAAGCAGAAACUUGCGAGGGUGACCCAGGUGAGGAAAGAGCUCAAGUCCCACAUCCAGAGUCUCCCUGACCUCUCCCUCCUGCCCAAUGUGACUGGUGGUCUGGCCCCGCUCCCCUCGGCUGGAGACCUCUUCUCCACCGACUGAGAGGUCUUUUCUUAGACAAACUGCCCUGACGCUCCUCCCCAUCCAAACCCAGCCCCAUGUUUGAUUCACAAAAAUACUCCCAGCUGUGUCUCCAGCCAGAGGACACAUGUGGUCAAACCUCUCUCAGCGGAGUAGCCAGCCCACCUGCUAACGCCAGACCUGCGGGACAAGAGGGAGGAAGGGACAUUAGAAGGAAGGUUUGGUGAAAUCGAAACGCUCUGCAGAGGAGAACAGAGACUCUGUCAGCCGGGAUUUUUCCUGUUCUCGCUCAGUCAGGAUUCCACUCCACCAGCUUGGAACGAGUUUGUUUCCUGUUUGUUUUUAUUUUAUUUUAUUUUUUUAAAUGCUGGAAAUGUCACUGAUUUAGGAGGAAGGGGAGGGGUGAAGAAGCAAAGCUUUGACAGACAUAAAUGUUGGUUUUCAGGGGCCUGUCAAUCAAGGUGUCUUUCUGUGUGGUAUAUUUUGGAUUCAGUGAGCAAAGGUGGGCCGUUUGCUCUCACAGUACUCAGAGGUUGCAACUACACUGUGAAGAGGAUUACCGCAUUAGUUUUAUUUUUUGACUUUCAGUUGGCUUCUUAUUGACACAUAGAUAGAU